AGGGGCGGGGCGCGGCGCCAUGGCGGAGCUGGACUUGCUGGGCUCCAUCCUCAGCGCCAUGGAGCGGCCGCCCGGCCUGGGCGACCAGGAGACGCGGCGCCGCGCGCGAGAACAAGCCGCCCGGCUGAAGAAGCUACAGGAGCAGGAGAAGCGGCAGAAGGUGGAGUUCAGAAAGAGGAUGGAGAAGGACGUAUCCGAUUUCAUCCAGGACAGCGCACAGACCAAGAAGAAAUUCCAGCCCAUGAACAAGCUUGAACGCAGCAUCCUGCACGACGUGGUGGAAGUGGCCGGCCUGACGUCCUUCUCCUUCGGUGACGAUGAGGAGAGUCGUUAUGUCAUGAUCUUUAAGAAGGAGUUCGCCCCGUCGGACGAGGAGCUGGAGGCCUAUCGCUGUGGGGAGGAAUGGGACCCACAGCGGGCCGAGGAGAAACGCCGCCUCAAGGAGCUGGCUCAGAGGGAGGCAGAGCAGGAGGCGCUGAGGGGCCCGGCCGUGGUGAACCCCAACACCGACUACAAGGACAAGUACAGUCACCUCAUCGGCAAGGAGGCGGCCAAGGACGCCGCCCACACCAUGCAGGCCAACAAGGCGUACGGCUGCGUUCCCGUGGCGAACAAGCGGGACACGCGCUCCAUCGAGGAGGCCAUGAACGAGAUCCGGGCGAAGAAGCGGCUGCGGCAGAGCGAAGAUGAGGGGCCGGGCGGGGCCGGGACCUCCUAGUGCUGCAGGGGGGCGUCCUGCCCCAAGUGGUGGGGGCAGGGAGCAGAUCUCAGGGACUGACCCCAGACCUGCUGCUGUGUGUGAACCUUGCUUGGGGCAUCCUGACUGGUGGGGGGGGAGGGGCUGCCCUGCCCCCCAUGUACCCAGGUAUCCCCCCCCAGUAUUUACCCGGUAGCCUAGGAGUGAUUUUAGGUUUUCACUUGGGGCGGGGACAUAUUUUAAGUGAUUUUGUUUGGAAUUGUUUUUUGUCUCCAGCUCGGGGAGGGGGUGCGUGUGAGCAGGGGGAGGGGAGCCCCCAGCGGGGGCGGGGGGAGAAUCUAUUUUUGGGGUGAGGUGGGGAAUAGAGGUCUGAGUGCAGUGUCGCUUUCCCCCACCGGAGGGCGCCGGGGGCCGCCGAACAGGCUGCAGCAUCCCACUUCUGCCACCAGAGGGCACUUGUCAGAUGGGGGGGUCACCGUCUCCCCCCAUGUCUCACUUCCCUCCCCCAGUCUUGGAGACAUUAGACUCCCCUUUGAAAGGGUUAUGGGGAAAAGUCCUAGCUCCCCCCACAAGGAGGGUGACGGGGGCCCCCUAACCUGUGGGGGGCAGCAUUGGGAAUCCCGGGGGGGGGAGAGGAAGGCACCCUGGUGUCUCUGGGGUGGGGGAGAGGAAUGAGGCUAGGAUGUCUGCAGGGGGGGAUCCCUGCCUGUGGGGGUCAGGGGGGCUGGCUGGGGGAGAUUUUAACCUGUUCUCCUUGCUGGGAGCCCCUCAGCUAAUGGGGGUGGGGGGGGGAUUUGCUUGUUAUUUAAGUGUAAAUAGAAUCAAUCUCCACCGCUGCGGUGGGGGGGCAGCCACAUCCCUGGUGAUCCCCGCCGCCACCCUCCCAGCCAUGUGUUGUGGGGUAUGUGCCCCCCUGUGGGUGGUAAGGAGGGGGGGCCGUAGGAGCAGCUGUAUUGCCCCCAAUAAACUCCUCUCUGUUUAACCACGA